AAAAUUUUCCCAGAGUCGUCUGCGUUCAGACUUGGGGACAAAUUAAAGCUGAUGAUCUCCGGUCAAGUACUCCUCUCGACGACUCAAAAACACACAUAUUUUACGAAUUCGAAUUUCAAGUUUCCGAUUCUCUAAAUCCAAUUGAUUUCACUCUUCCUCAAAUGAAAAAGCCCUAAUUUUGAUCGUCUAAAUUUCAUACAUGGGUGCGAACGAGUUUCGUUUCUUCCUCUCCUGCGAUAUCAAUUCGCCGGUCACUUUUCGUAUCGAGAAGCUUGAUGGAAACCUCCCCGUCAAGAAAUCGUCUGAUUCGGGAGUUGUCUCCAUCGCAGAGGAGAAAAAACCAGAGCUUUACAUUGAGUGUGCAUUGUACAUUGAUGGAGCUCCUUUUGGCCUUCCCAUGAGAACAAGAUUGAAAACUACAGGACCACCAUACUGCUGGAACGAACUCAUCACUCUCAGUUCUAAAUACCGGGACUUGACUGCCCAUUCACAACUUGCGAUUACAGUAUGGGAUGUUUCGUGUGGCAAAACUGAGGGACUGAUUGGUGGGGCAACAGUCCUUCUUUUUAACAGCAAGAUGCAAAUGAAAUCAGGGAAGCAGAAGCUAAGGCUCUGGCAGGGGAAAGAAGCGGAUGGUUCAUUUCCAACCUCUACUCCUGGAAAGGUUCCACGGCAUGAGCGUGGAGAGCUAGAGCGUUUAGAGAAGCUCAUGAAUAAGUAUGAGAGGGGGCAGAUUCAAAGCAUAGAUUGGCUGGAUCGACUUAUGUUGAAAUCCUUGGAUACGAUUAAGGAGCAAGAAAGCACCAAACAUGGAAGCUCACAUCUGUUUGUGGUCAUUGAUUUCUGUAGUUUUGAACAUCGGGUUGUAUUUCAGGAGUCUGGAGCCAAUUUGUUCAUAACUGCCCCAAUAGGUUCAACAAAUGAAUUUGUUACUGUCUGGGAUACAGAACUGGGAAAGACUAAUCCUUCAGAGAACAAGCAACUAAAGCUGGCAAGGAGCUUGGAUCGUGGCAUUAUCGACAGGGAUCUAAAGCCAAGUAAUAUCGAGCGGAAAUCCAUUCAAAGAGUUUUGAAAUAUCCGCCAACAAGGACAUUGAGUGGAGAUGAAAGACAACUUCUUUGGAAGUUUCGUUUCUCUCUAAUGUCUGAAAAGAGAGCUCUAACAAAGUUUCUUCGUUGUGUGGAGUGGAGUGAUGUUCAGGAAGCAAAGCAAGCAAUUCAACUGAUGUACAAAUGGGAAAUGAUAGAUGUAUGUGAUGCUUUGGAGCUAUUGUCUCCUCUAUUUGAGAGUGAAGAGGUUCGAGCUUAUGCUGUGAGUGUCCUGGAAAGAGCUGAUGAUGAAGAGCUUCAGUGUUACUUGCUUCAACUGGUUCAGGCUCUUCGUUUUGAACGCUCUGAUAGAUCUUGCCUUUCUCAAUUCCUUGUCCAGAGGGCAUUACAGAAUAUUGAGUUGGCCAGUUUUCUUCGGUGGUAUGUUGCUGUGGAACUUCAUGACCAUGUCUAUGCCAAGAGAUUUUACAGUACAUAUGAGUUACUCGAGGAGAAUAUAAUCAAGCUGCCGCCUGGUGUUAACGGCGAAGAUGGAUAUCAAUUGUGGCAAAGUUUGGUGCGCCAAACAGAACUGACUGCUCAGUUAUGUUCCAUUACACGAGAAGUGAGGAAUGUACGUGGAAACACCCAGAAAAAAAUUGAGAAGCUCAGGCAGCUUUUAGGUGGACUGCUUAGCGAACUUACCUACUUCGAAGAGCCUAUUCGAUCACCGCUUACCCCUAAUGUUCUCAUAAAGGGGAUUGUGGCAGGAGAAUCAUCACUCUUUAAAAGUGCAUUGCAUCCUCUGCGCCUUACUUUCCGAACACCAGAAGAAGGAGGAAGUUGCAAACUUAUAUUUAAGAAGGGAGAUGAUCUCCGGCAAGACCAACUGGUUGUUCAAAUGGUUUGGCUCAUGGAUAGACUACUUAAGCUGGAAAAUCUUGAUCUAUGCCUAACGCCUUAUAAGGUGUUAGCAACUGGACAUGACGAAGGGAUGUUGGAAUUCAUACCGUCCCGUUCUUUGGCUCAGAUUCUCUCAGAGCACCGAAGCAUAACAAGUUAUCUGCAGAAGUUUCAUCCUGAUGAGCAUGCACCUUUCGGGAUAACAGCCACUUGUCUUGAUACAUUUAUAAAAAGUUGUGCGGGCUAUUCUGUGAUCACAUAUAUACUUGGCAUUGGAGACAGACACCUGGACAACCUCCUCCUUACAGAUGAUGGUCGUCUGUUCCACGUUGAUUUUGCUUUUAUUCUCGGUAGAGAUCCUAAACCAUUCCCUCCACCUAUGAAACUCUGCAAAGAAAUGGUGGAAGCCAUGGGCGGAGCAGAAAGCCAAUACUACACAAGGUUCAAAUCCUACUGUUGCGAAGCCUACAACAUUCUCCGGAAAUCGAGCAACCUUAUUUUGAAUCUGUUUCAUCUCAUGGCGGGUUCAACUAUUCCCGAUAUAGCUUCAGACCCAGAAAAGGGCAUUCUCAAACUCCAAGAAAAGUUUAGGCUUGACAUGGAUGAUGAAGCAUGCAUCCAUUUCUUUCAAGACCUGAUUAAUGAAAGCGUAAGUGCGCUGUUCCCGCAAAUGGUUGAAACCAUACACAGAUGGGCUCAAUACUGGCGUUGAACCCACAGGGUUUAACAACACAACCAUGUUAACUCCUCCAGUUUAGCCGAAAAUUGUAGAUGCAUUAUACUUUUCUCACGUUAAUAACACUGAAAUGUUUGAUUACUGUUCUAUGCUUUUACAUCUGCGACAUCUGCGGUGAUAACAUUAUCUGUAAAUAACGUUAACGUUGAAACUAGAUACGUUUUAUCUUCAUUCAUAUAUUUGCGAAAUUACUCAC